AUGGAUCAGCAUCUGACGCAGUCGACGAGUACAUCAAAAUUGCUGAAUCAACAGCAAAGGUGCCUUGUGCACUUUGUGCAAGGAAUUCGAAAAGUUUUUACGACCGAGUACUUAAGGAGGCCUACAGUAACCGACUUGCAACGCCUCUUACGUGACGGGGAAAGGCGGGGUUUUCCUGGAAUGAUGGGCAGCAUAGAUUGCAUGCAUUGGCAAUGGAAAAAUUGCCCACGAGCAUGGAAAGGGUUGUAUCAAGGUAGGUCCAAAUCUGCAACGGUAAUUCUAGAAGUCGUGGCCUCCGGAGACUUGUGGAUAUGGCAUGCAUUUUUCGGAACACCGGGAACUUGCAAUGAUAUCAAUGUAUUGGCACGCUCUCCGGUGUUUGAUGAUCUUUAUCAAGGAAGAGCUCCUGAGGUCACAUUUAAUGUGAAUGGUAAUACCUAUAAUAGGGGAUAUUACCUAACAGAUGGGAUCUACCCUAAAUAG